AGGUUGCGUCAGCUGUAACGAGCGAGGCCGCCGCGCGAGCGAUAGUCGCGCGCGCUUCUUGCCGCGACAACUAUCGAGACGAUGGGGUUAGGCAGUUUCCGAUGGCGACUUGUCAUUGUUCUCGUCAUCGGUCUAUUACUUUGGCAGACCUCAAAGAUUUGGUUGACGUUCCUGCAAGGCGAUGCUGCCGAGCAAGAACUUCAAAUGGAUCAAGCGGUUGAGACACCGUUGAGCCAAAAAGAUGAUCUGACUCGACAAAGAGUACACGUGGCCGUGUAUUACGAAGCAUUAUGCCCGGAUUCACGUAGUUUUAUUUUGAAACAAUUAGGACCAACGUAUCGGAGACUUUCGGCGAAUAUUGAAGUCGAAUUGGUACCGUACGGAAAGGCUACGACGAUGAAGACAAAUGAUGGAUAUCAAUUCUCGUGCCAACACGGACCUAUCGAGUGUCAAGCGAACAUCGUACACGCAUGUUCCAUCGACAUUAUCAAAGAUCCAUCGAUACGAUUGCAAUUUGUCACUUGCAUGAUUGAAAAUAAUAUAGACCCGAUAGGAAUAAUGAAUAAAUGCGCCGAACGUAUAUCCGUGAACUUGGAGUCCCUAAAAGAGUGUUCAAAGAAUGAAAGGGGGAAGGAACUUUUGGCAAACUACGGGAAGAUGACGAACUCGCUUAUACCACGAGUAUCUUUUAUACCGACGAUUACCCUCGAUAAGAGCUCCGAGCAUCAAGUGAGGAUAUUGAAAAACCUGUUGAAGGAGGUGUGCCUGCAUUUUAAAAUUAUACCAAAAGAGUGCUUAUCGUGAAAGAAUACGAAUAGAUGUGACGAUACUAGCGAAACAUAUCCGCAUCAUCAUCGAAUUUUGUUAUCGUGUUGUAUAAAAAAUUUUAAAGUAAAUGAAAAAUAUAAUAUUUUUGAAAGAAA